CUGAUUGACAUGUUUUGAUUCCUUUCUUCUCCGAUUCUCUGAUUUCCGAUUCUCUGAUCGACAUAUUUUGAUUCCUUUCUUCUCCGAUUGUUCAUGUCAUCCAUGGCAGAAGAAAAUGCUUUUACGUGAGCGCCUAUCGACAUACAGAGUGAAUUGUACCUGCACCCUACUGAUUCACCAAAUUUCUCCCUGGCAAUACAGGAAUUAAAUGGUGAAAACUUUUCACAGUGGAAACGAUCUGCUGAAAUUGCUUUGAGAGCACGAAACAAAUUAGGUUUUGUGGAUGGAAGCUCGAUCCUUCAUCUCUUACCUUCGCACAGUGGUCGCACAGUGGGCUUCUUCCUCAGUUGCUCUCUUGCCAUCUGGAUUCUCCAUUGUGUCUUACUGUUUUGACCAUUCGGGCUGGCCCAACCAAUCCAAAGUAACCCUUUUGGACAGAGGAGGCAACAAUGGUGGGACUGGAUCACUACUGACCAUUGGGGUCCAAAUGCUGGUGAGUAGCUCGCCUGGUGCAAAGCUCACGAUGGAGGCGGUCCAGACUGUGAACACGCUCAUCUCCCGUAUGGUUUCGGAUAUCAAAGCAGCCUUCCAUUGCAACUGAUGCGUUUGUUUUUUUUCCAAUCUUCAAUAUUAAUUUUUUGGGUCGAGUAAAGAUAUGGGCGGUUUGAGUCAAGAACGAACCAAACAAGACGGGUGGUGGUUCGGGUAUUGACUCGGGUAUAUGUACCAGUAAGCUAGCAGCAGGAAGUGCUGUUUUUUGGAUUUUACAUUCUGUUGAACCUGCAAUUGGGAAUAGCGUACUGUAUUGUGAAUCUGCCAAAGAAAUUUGGGAGGACCUUGACUAUCGUUUUGGACAGACUGAUGGACCAAAGUUCAUUCAAUUGCACAAGGAAAUUGUGACUUUAGUCCAAGGAUCUGAUUCUGUGGCAGAGUAUUUUACCAAAUUAAAAGACCUUUUGGACACUUACCUGAAAAUGGUGACCUUACCUCAUUGCAGAUGUGAAGGAGCAGGAAGCUACAUCAAACUCUUUCAGAGUCAACAAUUGAUGCAAUUCUUAAUGGGACCUAAUCACAACUUUCAAAAGUGUUAGAGACCAGUGUUUGGCGUUACUCCUAGCGGAAAAAAAGUCCAAUUUUUUUUGUCAACAUUGUAAGGUGUAUGGCCAUUCUGUUGAAAGGUGCUUCAAGAUACAUGGCUAUCCAGAAUCUAGUGCUCCAGGAAAGAAGAUUGCUGGGAAUGUAAUAUCUGAAGUAGACAAAGAUGUGAGUGGAGCCACUGCCUACACAAAUCAGACCUCUCAUUCUGCUGAAUUGCAUAUGACACUUACCAGCAGCCAAUACAAUCAACUCAUUGCUCUGUUGAGUAAAGGAAACUCUCAUGAUAGAGAUGAUGGCAGAGCUCCUGGCUUUCUUUCAGCCAACAUGGCCUCAAGUACUCACUUAGCAGGUAUUACUCACUGUCUCUUCUCUUAUACAACAAUACACAAUGGAUCAUUGAUAGUGGAGCCUCAGAUCACAUAAGUCCACAUUUGAGCACUUUCUCUUCCUUCAAACCCAUCUCCAGGCCUUGUUCUAUCACUAUACCAAAUGUUCAAAAAGUUAAUGUGCUUCAUGUUGGGAAUGUGAAGUUGCAAAAUGGAAUUGAACUUUCUGAUGUACUUCAUGUUCUAGACUUCCACUUUAAUCUUCUUUCUGUCCAAAAAUUGGUUUCACAACUGCCUUGUUCAUUGACUCUCCAUCCUUCCCAUUGUUUUAUUCAGGAUCAUGUGAAGAAGAAUACUUUGUUGGUUGGUAAACAACAUGGUGGCUUGUACUUUGUGCAGCAGCUCGCACCAUCAACUUCACAUGUUUCUUUUCAUUCUUCUAAUUCUUGUUUGUCUGAAAGUGAGUUGUGGCAUUGUAGAUUGGGUCACUUACGUUACCAUACAAAUACAAUAGAGUGAAGCACAUUGG